AUGUCUUUUGUCUCUCUUACCUCUCCCCUUGUCCUCCCCUCCCUGUUGUCCUCCUCUACAGGCUACAACGGCGGUGCAUCAGGCCUGAGCACAGGAGCCAUCGUGGGGAUCCUCAUCGUGGUCUUCUUCGUGCUGCUGGUGGGCGUGGACGUGACCUGCUAUUUCCUCAACAAGUGCGGCCUGCUCAUGUGCCUCGCCGUCAACAUGUGCGGGAAGAGAGGCCCCGGGGCCAAAGCCAAGGACGCUGAGGAGGGGAAAGCCGCCUUCACGAAAGACGAGUCGAAGGAGCCCAUAGUGGAGGUCAGGACUGAGGAAGAGACCGCCCCAAACCAGGAGGGAGGGGGCGCCACUGAGCCCAACGAGACCACCCCGCUCACAGAACCAGAGCCUGCCACCCGCACCUUCACCACCCCCGCCGUCAUCCUGCUCCCCUCCACCACCACUAACUCCGAGAGCUAUAGCACGGCACAGAGCAGCCCGGUUAGCGAGUGCACCACGCUGGCCGCUAGUCCCACCAAAGCCAACCCGGCCCCCUCAAACUGCCCCGCCUCGUCCCCCCAGCCGGAAGUGGGAGCCCUGGUUGACCUAAGUGAAGGCCAGUCCCUCCCCGAUAGCACCCCCGAACCCGCCAGCAGCCCUCCUCUUGCUCCUCCUGUCGCUAGUCCCACAGUAGAUGCCACGGAAGAGCCCACUCCCCAGAGCUCCACGGGUCAAACUGACGCUAAAAUGGCAAAAGAGGACGCUCCCAAAGCAGACGCAGAGGUGAAAAACGGAACGGCGGAACCCAACAACAUCCCGCCGCCCGAGCUCAAGACCGUGCCCAGCGAGGCUCCUCAGGCCAACGGCAACGAGAGCAAAGCGUAA